AUGCUGAACAUCUUCCGCUCCAUCCCCACGGAGAUGGACUACAAGGGCCAAAAAUUAGCAGAACAGAUUUUUCAAGGAAUCAUUCUUGUCUCUGCAAUAAUUGGUUUCAUCUAUGGAUACAUCACUGAACAGUUUGGAUGGACUGUCUACAUAGUUAUGGCUGGAAUUGCUUUAUCAUGUUUGCUAACGCUCCCUCCAUGGCCUAUGUACCGCCGCAAUCCUCUGAGGUGGUUGCCUGUCCAAGAGUCGGGAACAGAAGAAAAGAAGCCAGCAGACAGAAAGCCAAAGAGACAUGCUAAAAGCUAA